AUGUCUUCUGCCGGCCACGUAUCCUCCAAUGUCCUCAUCGAUAAGUUCGACGGGGACAACUGUUCGACCUGGAGUCGAUACACGCGUGGCGUGUUCCUGACAAAGUCAGUGUGGCAUGCUGUCAACCGGGAGAGCUCCCCGACGUUCGUGGACCCUCGAGCGCAGGACGACUACGUCAAGACCAUCAACAUCGCGUUUGGAAUGAUGGUGCUGCAUAUGGGUGUAGACUACCACCAUGUGGUCGACAACUGCGAGGAAGCGUGGGUUGCGUGGCAGAGCCUGAAGGUGCUGUACUGUGGAUCCCAGAAAGCGGAAAGGAUCUACCUCAAGCGUCAACUCUUCAGCAUGAAGAUGGAUGAAGGCGCCAACGUCAUGCAUCAGUGCAACGAGGUCCUGAACACCGCUGCCAAGCUUACCAGCAUCGGUGCGAAGAUGGAGGACGAGGACGUCGCAAUUUGCCUGCUGCUCAGCCUCCCUAAGAGUUUUGAGAACGUUGUUCUAAACUUGGAGAUGAGCAGCGCGGAGCUUCGUACCCAAGAUGUGGUGAAGGUGCUCACUAAUAAGCACACCAAGCGCGAAGGGGAGAAGGUGACAACAACAGCGACGAUGGUCAAGACUGAAGAUGCAGCCAAGGCCUUCAACACUGAACGCGAGCCAUACAAGUGCGCUUACUGUGGGAAGGUGAGACACACCGUCGAUCGCUCUUGGUCCAAGCAGAAGAAUGAAAGUCGAGGAGCCCGACGCGGCGGCAAUGGUCGUGGACGUGGGGCAAACAAUGUCCAGUGGGGACAAUAUCGUGAUGAAGGCAGCGACUACGAUCAAGUAGCGUUUGCAGUUUCGCUAGAGUGUGGACUCUCAGCGAAGAAGGACGUGUCCGGAAUGUGGGCCGUCGACAGUGGUGCAACACACCACAUAUGCCACGACAAGACCAAGUUUGCAAGACUGAACAAGCGCAACGACAGUGAAAUCUUGGUGGCGGAUGGCAACAAAGUGGCCAUCAAGGGUGUUGGAACCAUCUUUGAAAAGGUGGUUCUGCCCAACGGUGAAGAGCGUGAGAUCGAGAUCAAGAACGUGCUUUACGUACCAAGUAUGAGCAAGAAUCUACUUUCGGUACCGCAGAUCAACCAGCACGGCAAGUUUCAAGUCGUGUUCGACGGGACCAAGAUGUUUGUCGCUCGCAAAGGAUCGCAACAAGUGGUGGCAACAGCAUAUCUUGUGGAUGGCCUUUGCUGGCUUCACACAGCUCAUCUAUCGGCCAAUGCGACAACAAACGGAUGCAACGGUGUCGACUUACAUGCGCGGAUGGGACACACUCCAGCUGAUGUGCUUCGCAAAAUAGUGGCCACGAACAUGAUCAAGGAUGUGAAGGUACCUCUUAAGUCAAGUGGAUCAAGCGCAUGCCGAGGAAGUCAACAAGGUAAAAUGGUCCAAAAACCAUUCCCAUGCAGCCAGGACAAGCGCAGAUACGACACCUUCGAGCUACUUCACGUCGACAUCUGCGGACCCAUGGAGAUGAACUCUCUGGGUGGCAGCAAGUAUCUACUGCUGAUCGUUGUAGAAGCCAGUGGAUGA